AAUUGUAAUUCCAUUUCAUAUACAUUUUCCUAUUAUUCACAAUGAGCCAUUUCUUCAAGCGCAUAGCUGCGCGCAAGCCUUUAGAUGCAGUUCAGGCUGAACUUCAUGCAUCCGAGUACAAACGUGCGCUGACUGCGUUUGAUCUGACUAUGUUGGGUGUCGGCGGUAUUAUCGGUGCUGGUAUUUUUGUAUUGACUGGUAAAGCUGCUAGAGAGAAUGCCGGUCCUGGUAUUAUUAUCUCGUUUAUAAUCUCUGGUAUUGUGUGCUCUCUGGCAUGUUUAUGUUAUGCCGAGCUUGGAUCAACGCUGCCAGUAUCUGGUUCCGCAUACUCGUUUACUUACGCCGCACUAGGCGAAGUACUGGCUUGGAUUGUUGGAUGGGAUCUUAUGUUGGAGUACCUUGUUGGUGCUGCUACCGUUGCUGUGGGUUGGGGUGUUUACCUUGAUAUUUUCAUUGCCGGUCUUGUGGGAAAACAACGCAUUUUUGAUCCCCGCUACUCGAACGCACCAUUUGUCUGGCAUGAGGAGAACCAUACUCCAGGAAAGGCUGCCGGAUUCUACAUGAACCAUCUUACUUGUCUUGACGGGUCCGAUUGUAUACCUUACUUUAAUAUCCCUGCGUUUGCCAUUGUCAUUGCUCUUACUAUUAUGCUCUGCUAUGGUGUCCGCGAAAGUACUCGGGUCAACAAUAUUCUUGUGUCUGUCAAGAUGAUUGUCUGCGCUGUGUUUGUUUUUGCUGGAAUCAAGUUUAUCAACCCAGCCAACUAUGUUCCAUUUGUUCCUCCAGAGCAAGGUCAUGGUCGCUAUGGUGUCAGUGGUAUUUUCCAAGGAUCUGUCGCUGUAUUCUUUGCGUAUAUUGGAUUUGAUGCUGUUACAACCACUGCACAAGAAGCUGCCAACCCACAACGCGAUUUGCCCAUUGGUAUUAUCGGAUCUCUUGCUAUUUGCACCGUUUUCUAUGUUGCAGUGUCAGCAGUUCUUACCGGUAUGGUAAACUACAGUACAAUUGAUCUGAGUGCACCCGUUGGUCAGGCUCUUAUUGAUGUUGGCAUGCCUGUGCUUGCUGUUAUUGUUUCGUUUGGUGUCAUUUGCGGUCUUACUUCAGUCAUGCUGGUUCUUAUGAUUGGUCAGCCUCGUAUUCUGUAUGCAAUUUCCCUUGAUGGUCUUUUGCCAGCCAUCUUUUCCAGAAUGAGCAAAUCUAAUGGCACUCCUUACUUUGCCACUAUUGUAUCUGGUGCAUUCUGUGCGCUUUUAGCUGGUCUGCUUCCAGUAGAUCUUCUCGGUAAUCUCACAUCUGUAGGCACACUUUCUGCCUUUUUCCUUGUUUCUGUGUCGACACUGGUUUUGCGUAUCACCGAGCCAGAUCUUCCCCGCAAAUUUGAGAUUCCUGGUGGAUUCUGGUUUGGAGGCAUUUUCAUUCCCUUCCUAUCGGCCUUUUUCUCAAUUGCACUUUUCUCACAAGCAGCUGUAUCGUCAAUUUCGCGAGUAUUCAUUUGGAUGGCAGUUGGCUUAUUAGUAUACCUAUGUUAUGGAUACAGAAGUUCGAAACUUGGUAAACAAAUUUCUGGAAAAAUGUCCCACACUAAACCUGUCGAGGUGGAUUCUUUUUCGGAGAAUACCAAGGUAUGAGCAAGCCAUUUCAGUAAUUUUUUACACUGUUGCCACUUUCUGCAUGAUCCAUUAUCAUUACAGCCGUAUUCAUGUAAAAUGGAACACUGUAUUUUUAUCUUGCAGUGAUUUUUGCUUCAAAAUAAAAAAUAUUUAAACAUUUGCUAU